ACAAGAGUCCAAUAGGAAGCCCCGCCCACUCUUUUCUGCUCCCAGGUCAGCCCCUCGCGGCUCAUUGGUGUGCCCGGACCAUAAGAGCGUUUGUGGUGGGGGCGCCGGUGCUCAUUGUGGAGGAUCUGCUGCGACCAGGAGAAGUCGUCAUGGCCAGCUGUUCAGGAUGUGGACCGGGGUACCGCACCCCGCUGGACGCCAUGAAGGGUCCCCGUGAGGAGAUAGUGUACCUGCCGUGCAUCUACCGCAACACGUCAACCCGCAAAGCCGACUACCUGGCCACGGUCGACGUUGACCCCAAAUCUCCGUCGUACUGUCAGGUGGUCCACCGCCUGCCGAUGCCCAACCUUAACGACGAGCUCCACCACAGCGGCUGGAACGCCUGCAGCAGCUGCUUCGGCGACGCCUCCAAGAAACGCAACCGCCUCAUCCUGCCCUCGCUCAUUUCCUCGCGGGUCUACGUGGUUGACGUCGGCACAAAUCCUCGGGCGCCGACAAUCCACAAGAUGGUGGAGCCCGUAGAUCUGUACUGGAAGUGUGGCCUGGCCAACCCACAUACAACCCACUGUCUGGGCAGCGGUCAGAUCCUGAUCAGUUGCAUGGGAGACCCGUCCGGCGGGGGCAAAGGUGGUUUUGUCCUGCUGGACGGUGAGACGUUUGAGGUGGUCGGAAACUGGGAGCACCCAGGUGAAGCGGCCCCCUUCGGUUAUGACUUCUGGUACCAGCCUCGCCACAAUGUGAUGAUCAGCACAGAGUGGGGAGCGCCCAAAGCUCUUGCGGAUGGUUUUAAUCCUGCGCACAUUGCGGAGGGCCACUAUGGUUCUUCUCUUCACGUUUGGGACUGGACCACCCACAGAAGGGUGCAGACACUCGAUCUGGGAGAAGAAGGCGCCAUUCCUCUUGAGAUCCGAUUCCUCCAUGACCCUGACGCCACUGAAGGUUUUGUGGGAUGUGCUCUGAAGGGGAACGUGUUUCGAUUCUACAAAGCACCGAAAGGGAAGUGGGCUGCAGAGAAGGUCAUCAGCGUUCCCAGUAAGAAAGUUGAAGGAUGGCUGCUUCCUGAGAUGCCAGGUCUGAUCACUGACAUCCUGAUCUCUUUGGACGAUCGUUUCCUGUACUUUAGCAACUGGCUACAUGGGGACAUCAGACAGUAUGACAUCACCGACACAAGGAACCCUCGCCUGGUUGGACAGCUGUUUUUGGGGGGAAGUAUCACCACUGACGGACCAGUUCAAGUUCUGGAGGACCCCGAAAAUCAGCCGCAGCCCAGCCCCCGUUUCAUUCAGGGAAGGCGUGUCCCCGGGGGUCCCCAGAUGUUGCAGUUGAGUUUGGAUGGUCGAAGACUUUAUGUAACGACGUCACUGUACAGUGGUUGGGACAAACAGUUCUAUCCUGAAAUGACCCGGGACGGGUCGGUGAUGAUGCAGAUCGAUGUGGACUCCGCGAAGGGUGGUCUGGCCCUCAACGAGAACUUCCUGGUGGACUUCGGCAAAGAGCCUGGCGGCCCUGCGCUGGCUCACGAGCUGAGGUACCCCGGAGGAGACUGCACGUCCGACAUCUGGCUGUGACCCGGAAACAGUCACCGCGUCUUUUGUGGGUCAAAACUUGACAACUGAAUAAAACGUAAUUAACGACAUCAACUGUCAUUUACAGCACCAACUAAAUGCAUGUUAAAAAUGUACGAGUAUUAUGAGCGUAUACUAACACCACCACAACUGUUUUCUGUAUAUGCAGCAAAUACAUUUUGAAUAUUAAAACAAGUCUGUGAUCAGUGGACAAAUGAA